AUGGAUCAAACAAUAGAAGCUGCUUUAGAUGCUGCAAGGAGAGCAGUAGAGUUUGAUAACAGCAAUCAAUUCAAACAAGCUGUUUAUUACUAUGGUGUAGCAGUGAACUUAUUGAAAAAUGUGUCUACUAUUCCUGCUCUUGCUGAAAAAUGUUUAGAGUAUCAAAACAGAAUAUCAGAGUUGCAAAAAACAAUUUUAGAAAAAGAAAGAACAAAAAAUCAAGCUAAAACACAAGAUGAAAAUGAGCUUCAAAGAUGUAAAUUUUUGUUAAGUCAAGCUCUUGAUGCAGAUGAAGCUGGUUUUAAAGCUGAUGCUAUAAAGUUAUACACUAAUGCCGCUGAGCUAGGAUUGAAAUUAAAAUCUAAAAGUAAUGAAAAGGCAAAAUUAACAAAUUUAAUAACACUUGCCCUAGAUAGAGCUGAAGCUAUAAAAGGUAUUAAAAAAAAAACUGAAAUAGAAACUGUUAUACCAAAUUUACCAUCAGUGCCAGAAACAGAUUUACCAUUUGAUGAAUCAACAUCUGUUACUCAUACACCUUCAAAUUUACCUUCACCAACUACGUCAGCACCUCCAAAACCUCCAUUACACAGAGGAAGUAGUGCUCAUUUGAAAAUUACUGGUAGUGGAAAUUACACAGAAGAAGAAAAAAAAGUGCUCUUACAUACAUCACAUAUUAAUGACAAUGAAUUUGUGCCUUUUAUGAAUGUUGAUUUAUCAGAGAGAUUUCAGUAUGCUAUACCUUUUACUGAUAAAGAUGGUUUAUUAGAAUUAUCACCUAAGCAAAAACCAGAUUUUGCAAAAUGGUGUCGCCCUGAAGAACUUUUUUCAGAACCAAAAAUGGUCAUGAACCAUGUUGUUGAUUAUUACAGUAUCAAACAAACUGUAGUAUCUGAUUGUUCUUUUGUUGCUUCACUUGCAGUAAGUGCUCAAUAUGAAAAAAAAUUUGGAAAAAGGCUCAUAACUUCUAUAAUAUAUCCAAAAAAUAAAAAUAAGGAACCAAUUUACAAUCCAUUUGGAAAGUACAUGGUAAAACUUCAUUUGAAUGGUGUUCCACGAAAGGUUGUUAUUGAUGAUUUACUACCGGUUAGUAAACAUAAUCAAUUAUUGUGUUCGUAUUCAAAUAACAGAGGAGAACUUUGGAUUUCUUUGCUAGAAAAAGCUUAUAUGAAAGUAAUGGGAGGAUAUGAUUUUCCUGGUUCAAAUAGUAACAUUGAUCUUCAUGCUCUCACUGGUUGGAUACCUGAGCGUUGGGCAAUACGCACAAAUGAAGCAGAUUUCAAUAAAGAUAAUUUAUUUGACACAUUGCUUUUACGAUUACAUAAAGGAGAUGUACUAGUCACUGUAGCUACUGGAGAACUUUCAGAUUCUGAUGCUGAUCGAACAGGCCUUGUGCCUACUCAUGCUUAUGCAGUAUUAGAUGUCAGAAAGAUUGAGGGAGUAAGAUUGUUGUUAUUAAAAAAUCCAUGGUCGCAUUUGAGAUGGAGAGGAAAUUAUUCAGAAUUAGACUUGAGACAUUGGACUCCUGCUCUAAAAGAUGCAUUGAACUAUGAUCCUAACUCAGCAUCACAAUUUGAUAAUGGCAUAUUUUGGAUUGAUUUUGAUAGCAUUUGUCAUUUCUUUGAUGUAUUUUACUUUAAUUGGAAUCCAGGAUUAUUUAAUUAUACUUAUUGUAUUCAUCAAAUGUGGAAGGCUGGAACAGGUCCAGUUAAAGAUGCUUAUAAUAUUGGUGAUAAUCCUCAAUUUUCAUUAGAAAUUCAACCUAAUGCAACAGGUUCUGUUUGGAUAUUAUUAACAAGACAUAUAAUGGAUAUAGCAGACUUUCGACAAAAUCAAGAAUACAUAACAGUUUUGGUUUAUAAAAAUAAUGGAAAACGGGUUUAUUAUCCUCAUGAUCCACCACCUUUUAUUGAUGGAGUGAGAAUAAAUAGUCCACAUUACUUGUGCAAAAUAAAAUUGGACCAGAAUAGUGAAACACGUUAUACAUUAGUAGUUUCUCAGUAUGAGAAAACAAAUACAAUUUUUUAUACAUUAAGAGUGUACGGGACAUCACCAUUUACCCUCCGAAAAAUUGCAGAACCAUAUAAAUUUGAAAAAGAGAUCACUGAUGGUCAAUGGAAAGGAGUCAGUGCUGGAGGAUGUGGCAAUCAUCCACAAACUUAUUUUAAUAAUCCACGGUACCAGCUAGUGAUUGAGAGUUCAAACAAUAACAAUUGGCUGUUGAUUAUUUUAAAAGGGCCAAAGCAGUAUCAAAUUGGUUUUGAAAUUUUAUCUGUAGUCUUGAAUGAUCCAGCGGCUCCUGGAGCCUUUAAAAGCAAAACUUCUGGACCUUUUCGAUCUGGAUUUGUAUAUAUUGAGUUAGAAGAUGUACCAUCUGGUACUUAUAAUGUAGUACCAUCAACCUAUUUACCAGGUCAAGAAGGACCAUUUUUCCUCACCAUCAAAUCGUCGUGCAAUGUACAAAUUAGUCGACUUCAAUAAAAUCUGAAGUGGUAUAAUAUAUAUCUACAUGUAAAUAUGUAAAAUAUUAACAAAACGUUAAUAAUUGAAGUAUUAAUUAUUUAAAUAAUUAUCUAAAUCAUUAAAACUCGACGAUUGCUUUAAGCUCACAUAAAAUAAAUAAACAAACUUGACGAUUUUUAAUCGUGCAAUUGUUCCACCGCGUUAGUCAGACGGCACAAACGUUAAUUAUUGUAUGAUCAAAUUUUAAUGAAUAAUAAAUGACUCAAAUUUUUAUUCUCGA